AUGGCCCGUAUCACACUGUGCACUAUUCUGCUCUUUCUGUCUGCACUAGCUCUGCGGUCACAGUGCUUCCACCUGCCACACUGUGAACUGGUCAAUGCCACUGUGUCCGUGGAGAAAGCGGGCUGCCCCAGGUGCCUGGUGUUCCAGACCACUAUCUGCCAGGGACAUUGCCUGACCAAAGAGCCUGUCUACAAAAGCCCAUUCUCCAUGGUGUCCCAGCACGUGUGCACAUAUGGCAACUUCCGUUAUGAGACAGUUCAACUGCCAGACUGUGACAAUGGCGUGGACCCUUCCGUGAGCUAUCCAGUGGCCCUGAGCUGUGAGUGUAGUUUGUGCUCCAUGGAUACUGACUGCACCCUGGGGAGCGUGGCGCCUGAUUUCUGCAUGCGUGAGAGAAUGGAGGUCUAUGACAGUCCGAGACUGCCUCACUAUGAAUAUUAGCUGCCCAUGACGACAGUUUUUGCUGAAUUCCAACCUCAUGCAUUUUAUUGAUUUAAUAAGCACUCCAGUAAAGUAGUGGGGUGCAAUGUUGCGCCAAUGGAUGGUCUCUUCUCUCAAUAAAUGUC